GCCCCGGAGCCUCUCUCAGCGGACAGGAGGGGGUGUCCUUUUCCUUAUUUCCAGGUCCUUCAGACUGAGUGUGAGGGGAGCUGAUUAACAGGCUGUGGGGACGCCUUUGAAGGCACAUUCUGUGACUCCUCAACAUAUUGUCUCCUGAGGAAACAACCCAGACCCCAUCAGGACCAAAACCAAAUGGCUGCUUCUCAGGGACCAUUGACCUUCAGGGAUGUGGCCAUAGAUUUCUCUCAGGAGGAGUGGGAAUGCCUGGACCCAGCUCAGCAGAAUUUGUACCUGGAUGUGAUGUUGGAGAACUACAGCAACCUGGCCUCCCUGGCUAUACCAUCAAAAGAUAACCAAGCCUUUAUGCCAAAGCCCGGAAUACAGGAUUUAUUCCCUGAAAUAAUACUGGGACCGUUGACCUUCAGGGAUGUGGCCAUAGAUUUCUCUCAGGAGGAGUGGGAAUGCCUGGACCCAGCUCAGCGGAAAUUGUACCUGGAUGUGAUGUCGGAGAACUACAGCAACCUGAUCUCUGUGGCUAUCUUAUCUGAAGACAACCAGGCCAUUCUGCAAAAGCCAAAAAUAAGAGAUUUAUUCCCUAAAAUAAUACUGGGACCAUUGACCUUCAGGGAUGUGGCCAUAGAUUUCUCUCAGGAGGAGUGGGAAUGCCUGGACGAAACUCAACAGAAAUUAUACAUGGAUGUGAUGUUGGAGAACUACAGCAACCUGGCUUCUCUGGCUACAUCAUCUAAAGAUAACCAGGCCUUUAUGCUAAAGCCCGGAGUACAUGAUUUAUUCUCUGAAAUAAUACUGGAACCGUUGACCUUUAGGGAUGUGGCCAUAGAUUUCUCUCAGGAGGAGUGGGAAUGCCUGGACCCAGCUCAGCGGAAAUUGUACCUGGAUGUGAUGUCAGAGAACUACAGCAACUUGGCUUCCCUGGGCACAUUCUGUGACUCCUUAACAUAUUGUCACCUGAGAAGACAACCCACACCCCGAUCAGGACCAGGACCAAAUGGCUGCUUCUCAGGGACCAUUGACCUUCAGGGAUGUGGCCAUAGAUUUCUCUCAGGAGGAGUGGGAAUGCCUGGACCCAGCUCAGCGGAUAUUGUACCUGGAUGUGAUGUUGGAGAACUACAGCAACCUGGUCUCCCUGGAAACCUGCCCUUCCAGCUGUGGACUGACGACAGACAGACAAUUCAGUUUCUCCCUGUCUGUCCAGCUGAUGAUGCCCUGGUGCUAGAGCUCAGAGUGAAUGAGUCCAAGACUAUCUUAUCCGAAGACAACCAGGCCUUUUUUCAAAAGCCAAAAAUAGGAGAUUUAUUCCCUAAAAUAAUACUGGGACCAUUGACCUUCAGGGAUGUGGCCAUAGAUUUCUCUCAGGAGGAAUGGGAAUGCCUGGACCCAGCUCAGCGGAAAUUGUACAUGGAUGUGAUGGUGGAGAACUACAGCAACCUGGUCUCCGUGGCUAUGUCAUCUGAAGAUGACCAGGCCUUUAUGCCUAAGCCCGGAAUACAAGAUUUAUUCUCUGAAAUAAUACUGCAUACACAUAAUGGAAAUAGCAGCUAUCAAUGGAUUGAACAUUGGAAAAAGUUUAAGCAAAAGUCAUAUUUUAAUCAUUGGAGAAGUGAGCUUGCAGAGGGCCAUUAUAAAAGUGGAAAUGUCUUUGACCAAAUGUCCAAUCACAAUAUACAUCAGGUUAUUCCUAUUGUGGAGAAGACACACAAUGGAAGUAAAUGUGUCCAGUCUUUUCAGCAGUCUUCAAAUUACGUUGAACAGGAGAAUAUUCAUUCUGGGGAGGAGGCUUACAAAUGGAAUCCAUGUGGGAGAGUCUUCAGUCAAAUAUUCAAUCUAAAUAUAAUGGAAAAAAUCCAUAGUGGAGAAAAACCUUAUCAAUGUAAAGAUUCUGGUAAAACAUCUAAUUGGCCUUCAAGUUUUACUCUAAAUCAGAAAAUUCACACUGCAGAGAAGAGUUACAAAUGUAAAGCAUAUGGCAAAGCCUUUAAAUGUCAUUCAUCUCUUAUUGUACAUAAGGAAGGAAAUCAUACUAUAGCAAAAUUUCACAAACUGGGGGAAAAUGGAAAAGGCUUUAGUCAGUCCUCAAGACAUAAUCAACAUCAUAGAAUUCAUACAGAAGAAAAGUCUUAUAAAUGUUCAGAGUGUGGCAAAGUCUUUAGCCGGCCCUCAACCCUUAAUAUUCAUCUGAGAAUUCACACUGGAGAGAACCCUUAUAAAUAUAGGGAAUGUGGCAAAUUCUUUAACAGCCAUGCAAUUCUUAGUAAUCAUCACAGUGUUCAUACUGAAGAUAAGCCUUAUAAAUGUAGAGAAUGUGGUAAAGGAUUCCUCCACAUCUCAAACAUGAUUCGACAUCAGAAAGUGCACACUGGAGAGAAACCUUACAAAUGUAUAGAAUGUGGCAAAGCCUUUAACCAAUCCUCCUCCCUUAAUCGUCAUCAGAGUGUUCAUACUGGAGAGAAGCCUUAUAAAUGUACAGAAUGUGGCAAAGCGUUCAGUAUGUCCGCAACCCUUAAUCGACAUCAGAGAGUUCAUACUGGAGAGAAGCUGUAUAAAUGUAGAGAAUGUGACCAAGCCUUUAGCUGGCCCUCAACCCUUAGUAAUCAUCAGAAAAUUCACACUGGAGAGAAACCUUAUAAAUGUAAAGAAUAUGGCAAAUCCUUUACCAGCCAUGCAGGUCUUACUAAUCAUCAAGGUGUUCAUACUGAAGAUAAACCUUAUAAAUGUAGAGAAUGUGGUAAAGCAUUCCUCCAUGCCUCAAACAUGAUUCGACAUCAGAAAGUUCAUACUGGAGAGAAACCUUACAAAUGUAUAGAAUGUGGCAAAGCCUUUAGCGAUUCAUCUUCCCUUAUUAGACAUCAUAGGGUUCAUACUGGAGAGAAGCUUUAUAAAUGUAAAGAAUGUGGCAAAGCCUUUAGGCAGUCUUCAUCCCUUAGUUAUCAUCACAGAGUUCAUACUGGAGAGAGGCCUUAUAAAUGUAGAGAAUGUGGCAAAGCCUUCUGGCAAUCCCAAACUCUUACUGACCAUCAGAAAACUCAUACUGGAGAGAAGCAUCAUGAAUGUAGACAAUGUGGCAAAGUCUUUAGCCGGGCCUCAAUUCUUACUGCACAUCAGAGAAUUCAUACUGGUGAGAAGCCUUAUAAAUGUAGAGAAUGUGGCAAAGCCUUUAGCUGGUCCUCAAACCUUACCACGCAUCAGAGAGUUCACACUGGAGAGAAGCCUUAUAAAUGUGGAGAGUGUGGCAAAGCCUACAGGCAUUCCUCAGCCCUUAUUUACCAUCAAAGAGUUCAUACUGGAGAGAAGCCUUAUAUGUGUGGAAAAUGUGGCAAAUCCUUUGGCAACGCUUCAAACCUCUUGGCACAUCAGAGAGUCCAUACUGGAGAGAAAUAUUAAAGAUGUGAGGAGAGUAAUAAAUCCUUUACCAGCAGUGAGAACUUGCUGAACAUCACAGAAUUUUAAAUGGGAAGAAGCUUUCUGAAUGUGAAAAGUGUAGAAAAGUCUUUAAAAGGCAUUUUUGUAUUACUGUACAUGAGAGACUUUCAUACUAAAGAGAGACCUUACUAAUUUAGAGCAUGUGCAAGCGCUCAAAAUUUACUGAAUAACAGAGACGUUUAUAGUGGAGGAAACCUUACACUGUAGAAAAUGUGAGAAAGUGCUGGCUGGCAUUCCUCGGUGGUUUAGCUUUGACCUAUGAACCACAAGGUCAAGGUGCAAUUCCUGGUCAGGGCACAGACCCUGGUUGUGGACUCAAUCUCCAGUGUGGGGCAUGCAGGAGCCAGGUGUUCCAUGAUUCCCUCUGAUCAGUGAUAUUCCUAUUACUCUCUCUCUUUUCCUGUCUAAAUCA